AUGAAGUUCGUCGCUGCCGGCUUUGUGCUCCUGGCUUCCGCCAUCGCGGCCCCCCUCGAGGAGCGCGCUGCCGAAGGCCAGAAUGGUUAUCCUUUGGUCGCCAGCCAUGGCUACGUCAACGACGCCAGCUACCCCGGUCCCAACAACCACCACCACGAUGGCGACCACCACCACGGCGACUACCAUAACGGCGGCGACUACUCCAAGGACGUCGACUACCGCCUCCCCAACCACGGCGACGCUCACUACGCUGGCUACCGCCGCGGCGGCGACUACCCGGUCAAGCACGAUGGCGACCACCACAGCCACAACCACAACGAUGACUACCAUAAGAACAAGGGCUACUCUCACAACGGUGGCUUCCCCCACGACGGCGGCUACCCUCACAACGACGGAUAUCCUUAUACCAAGGGCUACCCCGGCAAUGGCGGCCACCGCAACAACGGAUACCCAAGCAACGGAUACCCGAACAACGGCUACCCAAACAACGGCUACCCGAACAACAACGGCAACCAUGGCUACCCUGGUGGCAACGGUGGCGGUAGCCCCGACCUCUGCCCCAAGGGACUCCUUUACUCCAUUCCCCAGUGCUGCCAGACCGGCAUCCUCGGCGUCGCAAGCCUCGAUUGCCAAGCCCCGAGUUCGAUUCCCCGCUUUGGAUACUCGUUCCAGUCCAUCUGCGGCUCCAAGGGACGCAAGGCCCAGUGCUGCUCCGUACCCCUUGCCAACCUCGCCGUGCUCUGCACCGACCCCGUCGGAUCCUAG